UUUGCGCACGUUACUUCACCUAACACACCAACAGGUCAGGACCGGUCAGGACGAGGACAGCAACUUUUGAGCAGAAAGGACAGUUUGGGAAUUCAUAAGCCAUUUUGAAGUGAAAAUUUGUGGAUGUGGAGCCACACAUCAAUAGUACCGGACUUGAUGUGUAUGUCAGUAUUGAAGCUUCUUCUCUUGAGAUGGGUACCCCAGCAAAGCUGCGGAUAAUUUUUGAAGAUGAUGACAUCCGCAAACUGGUUCUACCUUCAGGCAUCCCCAGUACACUUCAGGACCUUGUUUGUGUUAUUCAAGAGACAUUUCAUAUUCCGGGGGAGUUUACUGUGAUGUAUCAAGACAUGGAUUUUGGUGGCCAGUUUUUAACUUUGAGCUGCAUUGAUGAAGUUGAAGACAAAGGAACACUAAGGAUUGUAAAAACUCAACCAGUUCUCUUAACUCUCAGUUCUGUGGAGGGAUCCGACAUUGACUCUCCUCUACCAGAACAAUCUCCUAAUAGUUCUCUUCACUCUGGCCACUCAUCUACAUCUCAGGACACCAUCCUACUCUCCUCUGAUGAAAGCGGAACAUCUAGUUGGUCUCAGCCGUGGCCAGCUAAGUUUCAGAUACCUACCUUUUCUUAUGAUGUAGACCUUUUGCUGGAGGCAGGAAAUCAGGCCUUCCAAAAGGAUGGCACCCUGUUAAACAAUCCAAGACAGACAAGUAGCAUACUUGAGAAAUUAGCAGAGGCAAUAUUUUGCUAUACAGCAUACCCAACUGGUAUCCAGGUCUUAGCUGUGGUAGAAGCCUUGGUACAAAAAUACCCGUGCCUAAAAAAACCAGGUUCUUUUAAUGGCUUAUAUGGAUGGCAGCAGAGGAUGAAAUAUAAAAUGGGCAAUUGCCGGGCAAAAUUAAGAGGUUGUCAACUUGCCUGUCCAGAGCUUGAGGUGAACUCACUGAAAAGACAGAAGUCAGAUGAAAUGGGCUUACCCAAAGGCAUCAAAAGGCCUAAGAAAGCUGAAGUGAACUUUCUACCACCACUGCCAUUUGGGGAGACAGAGGCCACUUUAGAAAAGGAGAGAGAACACUUGCUAAUGGAAAUAAAGAAGAAAAACAAUGAGAAGAUAAUUCGUGAGAAAAUGGAGAGGUUUUUCCCAUAUCGAAGACUAGAAGUUGUCAAGCAUUGCCCUGCAGUCCAAAACUUCAUGGAAAGAUGGCCUGCUCUGUUCUGUGAAUCUCAGAUCAAAGAGGAGUUCAGAAGGAUCACAACAAUUCUCCUAGAGCAAACCUUUCUGUCUAAACUGGACUUCUACACCCCCAAACUCCUGGAGAUAUUUGGGACAAAGGGUGGGGUUGCAGGCACAAAAAUGAGACCCAUGCUGAAUUCACUCAGUCAGCAACACGUGGAAAGCAGAAGGGAUGCCAUCAUCCGCUGCCUGAUGGAGUACCUUGGAGAGUCUGGAGAGGAACUCAUCAAAGACUAUCAGGAUGUUAGCAGAGAAGCUAUCAAAGAGGAGUAUGCUGGGCAUGUCAUGAAGAUCUUUGUCCUCCGUGAAAGUUCAGCAGAGGAGGACCACACACCUGCAGAUGUGUCCAUCAUCAUCGAGGGAACUGAGGUGCUUGAUGAUUGCAGAUAUGUGGCAAAGGCUUGCCUUCUGCUCAUGGGCUUUGUCUAUGCAAUGAACUUAAGUUACCCACCAAAGAUGAAAUACAGAUUCAAAGUGUUUCAGAAGCUCUUUCUGGAGCUGGAUGUCCUGAAGAUCUCUCCCAAAGUACAGUCUCUACGCAACAAACUUCUAAGAUGACUGAAUUUGCGCAUGUUUCUGACCUUACUGUAUUGUUUAACCUGCAGUUCAUAAUUAUGGUGUUUAGCAGAGCAAAAUGGUUUUAGAAGCAGCUAUCCAUCUCAAGUUAACCACUUGUUAAUUCAUUGAUAUGCAUUAUUACUGUUGAAGCAUGUUUUCCAAGAGCCGUGUAUGUAUAUUGUUAUACAGUCCCUCCAGCAAAACGCGAUUAUGCGAUCGCAUAAUUCGAUGCAUAAUCAGUCAAAGUCUGCAACUUAACUGCCAAUUUUAGAUGUUUUAUCUCAGUGUACUGUGUUGGAGUGAUUGUAAGCUGUUGCUUUAAUCUUUGCACCAGUGUAGUAAACACAA